UCGGUAUGGUCUUCUGGAAGUCUGUGUGCAUGGAAGGCAAGGACAAGGACGUUGAAGCUUACUUUCGUGUCUUGGAUGGGGAUAUCCAAAGAGAUUGAAGCGGAUGCAGUCGUCGGCGUUGUCAUGGACAACGUAAGGGUGUGCGUCAAGGCUGGGAAGAUGGUGGAGGCCGCCUAUCCUAACAUAUUUCGCGUCGGAUGUACUGCACAUGCGCUCGACCUUGCGUUGGAGGACAUGUACAAGGAAAUGCCUUGGAUGGAGGAGGUGGUUGAUUCUGGAAACAAGGUCUGCAAGUUCUUCAUGAAUGUGGACAACAAGGCUGAGGGCUGUGUUCAACAACUACUCAUCGAAGACGAAGUUGAAGCGCCCGACGACAACCAGAUUUGCCACCAACUUCGAGAUGCUUGGGUCUUUGAAGGACCUCAAAAACGCGCUGGAUCGAUGCGUCUACGAUGCGAGAUGGGUGGACAAGAUGGUACGGGCAGACCAAUUGGUGGCAUUCCACGAGGUGACGACUAUCAUUAUCGACAAGGGCGAGUUUUGGAGCAACCUAAACAAGGCGCUCGAUGUGAUGCAGUCUGUGGUGGAGUUGCUUCGUGGGAGGCGUUCGGCUUCAAACACGACCUCCUCGCACCUCAAGCCAUCAAAUUGCUUGGCCAGGCAAGCUCUUCUGCCGCUUGCGAGCGGAACUGGAGCAGCUUGCAUGAGCUCAUCUACGGCAGGAGGCACACAAAGCUCAUGCCGGAGAGGAUGGUCAAGCUCGUGUACAACAGCUGGAAUGUCCGCCUUUUGAGGUGUAACCAGCACGGCGGGGGGGAUGAUAUCCACAUCCCAUGGGCGGAUGACGUCCCAAUGGAAAAGGAGACAAAGGAGUGGUACGUUGAUUGGCUGACGCGUGUCCAUGGAGACGUGGACAAGGGAGAGGUUGUCGUGGUGAAUGUCGAUGAUGAGGAAGAUGACUUUCCACUGUGGCGCACCUUCCAGCGCAACGAUGCGGUUGACGAGAGGCUGUGUCAGGAGGAGGACUCUGUUCUCCUCGACAAGCGGGCGUGGAUGGAUGGUCGGGAGGAGGCACCACGGAGGAGGCCCAAAAACAAGGGCAAAGAGAAGGAUGAUGGCAACGCGACCGUGCAGCGAGGCAAAAGGAAGGCUGUUGAGCAACAACAGCCACGACCGAAGAGAGGCCGUACGACAUUGGCGGAACAGGCAGAACGCAGGGGACGAAAGGCCGUAGAGAAGGCUGCCAAGGCAGCAGCUGCUGCGGUCAAAGCUGUUGGCAAUGCAGACAAAGCCAAAGCAGCAGCGAAAGCCACUGCAAGGAAUUCUGCCGCAGGCAAGACGAAGAGAGUUGCCGUCAUAAAUGACGAUGAUGAUGAUAUCCCGGAAGACAUCCGGGGAGACGAAGAGCCCGAAGGCUCAGCAUCGACUUCUUCCAGCCCAAGUACCUCAUUGGAGUCCAGUGGGGGGAAGGGAAUGGAGGAGGGUGACAAGGAAGAAGUAGGUGAGGGUGUGUCACAUCAGGAGGAGAGCGGGGAGGAAGAAUGGGAAAAGGUGGUGUAGGGUGCACCCGUUGUUCUCUUUUCGUUGACUGACUGAACAAAUUGAAUUUUGAACU